UUUAAAAAGAGCGCGUGCCAGGCAACAACACACUAAUCUCAUUAGGUCAUCUUCACUAGCAUACCACCACCACCGACAUGGAGCUGGUCCGGAUGAUCCACGAUCAGACGAGCUUCACGCUCGAUCUCUACAAGCAGGUAUGGCAGCAGCAGCAGCAGGAAUCCAAGCCACAGGGCAGCAGCAGCACCGAUCGAGAGGAGCAGCACAACGAGAAGAAUGUGGUGCUGUCUCCGCUUAGCAUUGCCAUGGCCAUGGCGAUGGCGGCCGCGGGAGCAAAGGGCCAGACGCUGGAGCAGCUCACCUCCGUGGUCAGGCUGCCAAACGGGUCUCUCAUGCACGAUUUCGCGCAGCAGCUCAAUUCGGUGCUGCUGGGCGUGGCGCGAUCGGAUCCCCGCGCGCCGGAGCUCAGCCUCGCCAAUGGAGUCUGGGUGGAGCAGAGCUUGAAGCUCCGCGGCGAGUACAAGGAGAUCAUCGAGAAGAACUAUGGAGCUUCUGCCAGGCCCGUGGAUUUCAAGAACAAGGCACAAGAAUCCCGCGGUCUCGUCAACUCGUGGGUGGCGGAGGCAACCAAGAAGAAGAUCGAGGAGCUCCUCCCCGAGGGCUCGGUGGAUCCCCAAACCCGCCUCAUCCUCGCCAGCGCGAUCUACUUCAAGGGCGCCUGGCAGAAGCAGCUGGAUCCAUCGCAAACCCGCGACGGGAUCUUCCACCUCCCCAGCGGCAAGACCAAGGAAGUCCUUAUGAUGCGCAGCAGCAAGAAGCACUUUAUCAAGAACCACGGCUCCUUCAAGGUCCUCCGCCUCCCCUACCAGCGCGGCGACGACCCACGCAGCUUUUCCAUGUACGUUCUCCUCCCGGCCGAGCUCCAGGGCCUGCCGGCGCUCGUCAGCAGCCUCCACGACGCCGAAUCCAUGGGAAACGCGCUCGCGGGCAUCCACGAGGUGGAAGUGGGCGACUUCCAGCUCCCGAAGUUCAAGAUCUCGCUGGGGGUCCAAGCGCCGGAGCUGCUCAAGCGGAUGGGCUUGGACCUCGCAUUCUCGCCGCCGCACGCCGACUUCUCGGGCAUGGUGGAAGGCUCUCCGGGGGACGAUCUCUUCAUCUCGGACGUUUUUCACAAGGCGUUUGUGGAGGUGAACGAGGAGGGGACCGAGGCCGCCGCCGCCAGCGCCGCGGUGGUGACACUCCGGGCUUUGAAUGUGCAGAUGGAGCCCGAAGACUUCGUGGCGGAUCAUCCGUUUAUGUUUUUGGUGAGAGAGGAUGCCACUGGGGUGGUGCUCUUCGUCGGACACGUAAACGAUCCAAGUGUUUGAGUACAGCUACGCUAGUACUAGAUCUAUAGUAUUUUCUUGUUUGAAUUUCUAAAACAAAAGUUAGCGCA